AUGAUGAUGAUGAUGAUGAUGAUGAUGAUAUUAUUGUUGUUGAAGUACACAUUUUAUUGCAAAAUAAUAAAUAUGGGAGCAGAAGUUGUUGAUCUUAACUGUUCCAAAGCUAAAUAUACACAUGUCAUUUUUGAUAUGGAUGGGCUACUAUUAGAUACAGAACGGAUAUAUACAGAUAUAAUGAGUCAAGUCGCAUCAAAGUAUGGAAAAACUUUUACUUGGGAUAUUAAGGUUCAAUUAAUGGGGCAACCUGGUAAAACAUCUUCUCAAAAAGCUGUUGAGCUUAUGGAACUACCCAUAGAUGCAGAUCAAUUUUCAGCAGAACUUCAAGUAUUAAAAAAUGAGUUGUUCAAAACUACCAAUUUAUUACCAGGAGUUGAAAAGUUGGUUUAUCAUCUUGUAAAACAUCAUAUUCCUAUUGCAGUUGCAUCUGGUUCCAAUUCUAAAGACUUUAUAACAAAAACAAGUAAACAUGCAGAAUUUUUUAAGUUGUUUCCAAUUAUUAUUCUUGGUGAUAAUGCAGAAGUGAAACAAGGAAAACCAUUUCCUGAUCAGUUUCUUGUUACUCUUUCAAAGUUUUCAGAUGCUCCACCAGCAGAGAAAUGUCUUGUAUUUGAAGAUUCUCCCAAUGGUGUUGUUGCAGCAAAAGCUGCAGGAAUGGGUGUUGUGAUGGUUCCAGAUGAACGGCUAAAUGUAGAAUUUCAACAUAAUCCAACUUUAGUGCUAAAAUCUUUGGAAGAUUUUAAACCAGAAGAUUUUGGAUUUCCUCCAUUUGAUGAAUAAUGUUUUAAUAUUAUUUUUAAUAACCAAAUUUUUUUAAAAA